CGAAGUGAUUUUUAUUUAUUUAUUGAGUUAAUUUGUUAUUAGACACGUUUGUUUAUUGGUCAAUAAAUCACGAAGAGUUGCGGACGAGAUGCACGCUUACAAAACUUUUCUAUCUUUGAGAAAAAUGCGCCGCGCGUGCACUCCGCUACCCUCCGCCGUGCACGCGCAGCCGCAUCCUUUAUUCGCCGCGCGUUCACGUGCUCGUCUUGGAUAAAGAGGGAGGCACGCGGAUCUCAGAGGAUAACCGGAAACAGCAGGUUGUUGUCGAAACAUCUCACGCAACAAUUAAAGAAAAAACACCUAAAGCGGCAGAGUAAUGGCUUUGACUCAGGAUCUGAUCCUGGCGUUUUUACUGGAGCGUGGCGGGAAAGUGAAGAACUCGGAGCUCGUGAGCAACUUCAAAGGACUUCUAAACUCCGCCGACCCCGCGGAGAAGAAACUGAACCGAGACCUGUUCAAACGCCUGGUCAACAGCGUCGCAGUGGUCAAACAGGUCGAUGAUGUGAAGUACGUGGCCGUGAAGAAAAAGUACCAGGGAGAAAACACCAGCUCCACCGAAUCGCCCUGCAGUCGGAAACCCAUCCAAACACAGAAUGUGGAUGUUAUUAAUAACAACCACUGUCAUUGCUCCCCGCAAACUGUGUGUAAUAGCAUUAAAAGUGCUGAAUCUGUUCCUCCUGGAAGACCAUCCGACUGCAAUGCAACCGAGUCUUUGACAGCAAGAGUGCUGAGCAUGACAAGCGAUGCCAGAAGAGGCAAAUCAGGGGCUGUUUUUGCUCUCGUAGCCAUAAAAUCUCCAGCAUAUGAGGAAAAUGCAAUAAGAUGCCUAAAAACAGUAGCAGGCGAUGCUGAACCUCUUCCAGCGGCUACAGAGAGAACUAUGAAAGUCAAAACGAGUUUUGCACAGGUGAAAUGGUGUCACAAACUCGGCAAACCUGCUAAAGUCUCAGAUGGAGUGCCUUUGGGAUCGAUGGAGCAUGAGUGGCUCGUGAAAGCAGCGACGGGAAGCUGGCAUCAGAUCUACAGCCUCCUGCUGCAAGAGCCUCGGCUGGCGGACAAGCCAAGCUUCAUGUCUGGAUUCACAAUCCUGCACUGGGCUGCUAAAAGCGGAAACUGUGAAAUGGUGUGUAAAGUCAUCGAUGUUUCCAGACAGAGAGGCGCAGGGGUCGAUGUGAAUGCCAAGUCUUAUGACGGAUACACAGCGCUGCACAUAGCUGCCAUUCACAGCCGUGAGCGUGUGUUAUCACUGCUGGUGUGUGAAUAUGGUGCCAACACUAACAUACGGGAUAACAGUGGGAAAAAAGCCUACCGUUAUCUAAGUCCAGACGUGUCCACUGACAUCAGAAAGAUGCUCGGAGACCCUCACAGUCUGCUGAAGGAUGCUCCGAACCCCUCAGACCUCCCUAAAGGAUCCAACACCUUGAGUAAACUAUUCCAUCCCCACAUCGCUGGACAUAAAAAGAAAUACAGACGUCGACCGAGCUUCCACUUCAUCAGAGACGAUCACGAAGACCCCAGAAUGAACGUCGCACUUCAUCGCAAACUGUUACAGUAGAAUAUCCCAGCUGACUUGUAUUACUGGUUUAAUAUUAUGUGUUAUUAAUUUAAUCUGUGAUUGUACAGUAACAGCCUUGCAUCUACUGAUUAUUUUACUGUUAAUUAAGUUAAUAAGUAACAAGAAAAUGCAUUUAACACAGCCGAAAGGCUGCAGAACAUGUCCAGAAAUAAAAUUGAUUUAAGUGUUAGGAAAGAAUAAUAUUUGAGAAUUUUUUUUUCCUUAAAUUCUCAUGCUGUAAAUGCAAAACGAACAAACUAAUUAGCCUACUUUUAAUUAAUUUUGUCAAAUUGAAAACCAUUUUAAUAAUGGUUUUAAUAAAUGUGCUCAGACUCAUCAGAUUUGGAGAAAUGAAGCAUUGUAUCAGUGUCUCAUCAAUGGAUGCUCUGCAGUGAAUGGGUGCCGUCAGAUUGAGAGUCCAAACAGCUGAUAAAAACAUCACAGUAAUCCACAGCACUCCAGUCCGUCAUAUCACGUGAAGCCAAAAGCUGCGUGUUUGUAAGAAACAAAUCCGUUAAUAUAUUUUAAUUGUAACUUCCAUAAAGUUCAUAAUUUAUAACAAUGCUUCCUCCAGUGAAAAAGUACAUUUCCUGUUGUUCUCUCGCAUCAAAAACCAACAACAUAUUUGUUUGAACUGUUUUGGCUUAUAAAAAGUGCUCGACUUCUGCUUAUUUCUCCCCUGAUUCAGACAAAACAUCCACUGGCAAAAGUAAUAUUAUGGAUCGAGGACUUGUAUUUUAGCCAGAAGCAACACAGCCUUUGUCUUCACAAGAUGUUAGCUGAUGGACGGGAGUGCUGUGGAUUAUUGCGAUAUUUUUAUCAGCUGUUUGGACUCUCAUUCUGACGGCACCCAUUCACUGCAGCGCAUCCAUUGAUGAGACACUGAUGCAAUGCUACAUUUCUCCAAAUCUGAUUCUCAAAACAAACUCGGAUUAGGUGAGUAAUUGUGAAGUACUUGUACUGCCCUUAAUUUAUGUUGAAAAUAAGAAAGAAGAAGAAAAAGAAAAAAAAACAUGGUUUCUUUGUAAUGCAAAUUUGGUGGACAGUAUGCAUCAUUGUGUUACAAAAUAAUGCCACCAUGUGACUUGUGUGAGCAUUUUCUGAUUGGCCUCAGACAGUGACUCUGUCAUCGUUCUUAUCUGAUUGCUGUGCUGUGAAUAAUGGCUAGAGAAACUCCUGGCACUGCAUGAAUGGAGAGAGAGGCCUCUGUGUCGUCCUUGAGCUCAUUUCAUGCUUGAUUUGAUGUCUGUGUAAUACUGAAGAGAUAAACUCUAGCUCGGUUCUUUUAUUUUUGAAUAAGCCAAGGUCGAACUUUAUGCAUACAACCACUUUACUGAUCUAAUGCGUAAGAAGAAGAAACCUAGGAAUUUAUCAAUGUUAGAAACAGCCUGGAACUAUAAUGAGGCUUCUGUCACAGUCAGGCAGUGAUUCAUGCGUGAUUUCAUGGGCAUUCGAGCAUAGCAGAACUGCAUUCAGAGCCUUUUGAGUGAUGUGCAGUGAUCUGGAAUGAUACCAGUGCCCUUGCCUCUCCGUUAGAGCUCCAGCGAGGUGAAGGUCGUUCAGAAAGUAUAUCCUUUGGGUUCAGAGCACUUCACUGUUGAAUGUGAAGCUAUCCUGAGCCAGAUUUGAGCACUUAAGCUGACAAAAUUAUUUGAUUACUUGUAAUAUUUCAUUAAAGUUCAUGUAAAUGGUGUCAAA